AUGGUUAAAGUCGGAAUUAACGGGUUCGGCCGUAUUGGUCGUCUGGUAUUUCGUGCAUCCAUUGCAAAGGGUGGCGUAGAUGUUGUUGCUUUAAAUGAUCCCUUCUUGGAUGCCGAAUAUAUGGCUUACUUGCUCAGAUACGAUUCGACACAUGGCAGAUUUAGUGGCUCAAUCGAAGUUAAAAAUGGAAACCUAGUUGUCAACGGCUCAGAAAUCAAAGUAUUCGCAAUUCGAAAUCCCGCGGAAAUUCCUUGGGGAGUCUCCGGCGCUGAUUACGUUGUGGAAUCUACCGGUGUAUUUACUACCCUUGAUAAGGCUAAGGCUCAUUUAACUGGAGGUGCAAAGAAAGUUGUGAUCUCUGCUCCAUCCGCUGAUGCACCUAUGUUUGUCAUGGGAGUUAAUCACACCAAAUAUGAUGCUAAAAGCAUGGAUGUUGUAAGCAAUGCAUCUUGUACCACAAACUGUUUGGCUCCUCUCGCUAAAAUCAUUGACGAUAACUUUGGUAUUGAGGAAGGACUAAUGACGACGAUUCAUGCUUUCACAGCUACUCAAAAGACUGUAGAUGGACCUAGUGGCAAGAAAUGGCGAGAUGGUCGUGGUGCCGGUCAGAAUGUAAUCCCAGCGUCGACUGGAGCCGCUAAAGCUGUUGGCAAAGUUAUCCCCGAAUUGAAUGGCAAAUUAACUGGUAUGGCAUUCCGCGUUCCAGUACCUGAUGUAUCUGUGGUUGAUUUAACCUGUCGUUUGAAGAAGGAGACUACCUAUGAGGCCAUCAAAGAAGCCGUUUCUAAAGCCUCCAAGUCAUCUGAAUUUCAAGGUAUCAUGGGUUAUACCGAAGACGAUGUUGUAUCAUCCGACUUUGUUGGAGAUACUCAUUCCAGUAUUUUUGACGCUAAAGCUGGAAUCAUGCUUAGCGGCACCUUUGUCAAGCUGGUAUCUUGGUAUGACAAUGAAUUUGGCUACUCGAAUCGUGUUAUCGACCUGAUCCGUCAUAUGGACUCUCAAUAAAGUGACUAUUUACAUUGCGAGCUAUUAUGUGACGUAAAUGGACUGAGUUUAGGCUAAUCGUUGAGCAUUGCUAUGCUGUAGACCGAGUAAUAUGAUGUAAUAACUAUAGGUAUAGUUAUUCGUUUUUUUAAUUACUUUCGUUAUUGUAACCUGUAUAUGCUCAAUGCAUGUGGACAGUAACAUAGAAAUUUACAACUAAAUGUUAAAUUUGGCUUUUAUGAUGCUCUAUGAAUGUUGUUAUUGAGUGAGAAUGGGAAUGGUUACAAUAUCGUUAUAGUUGUGAUUGGAAUACCUCGUUAUGUAUUCAAUAUAACUUUAUGUAUCCCCUAAGAAGAUUACAUCUUUGUAAAACGUUGAUCAUGCAGUGAAAUCAUCGCUGUGAUCUACUGGUGUGAUUUUAACUCAAUAAAAU